CUCCUUCUUCGAGGGCGUGCAGCAGCGGGCGCUGCGUCACAGCCUGAGGGGUUGGCACCUGAGGGCGCGGGAUCCAGGCAGCGCCAGGACCACCUUGGCCUCAGCGGUUCUGGGCGGCGUCCUGGGAUGCCGGGCCCCGCAGGACACCCCGCAGCUCCCUGGAGAGGGACUUCACACCUCCUUCCCCAGGCUUCCCGGGCCCUCCCCGCUCCUGGAGGCGUUCCGGGUGAGCUUUCUGUGGGCAGCUGGGCGGCGGCAGCAGGGGCGACACCUUCUGCUCUGGCAGGCGCAGGCCCAGCAGUCCCGGGGCGUGGCACGGUGGCACCAGCGUAACCUUCAGAGGCGCAUCCUCCUUGGCUGGAGCCAUGGGGCAACAGCCCAGGGGGCCAGGAGAGAGCUGGCUGCCCCCCGGGCCUGGGAUCAGAGCUGCAGGGCUGCGCUGGGCCUGUGGCAGCAGCGGCUGGUGCAGCAGCAGGAGACGGAGCAGUGGGCCCGGGAGUGGGGCGGGGACAGCAGCGACGUGCACUGGGCCACCGUCACUGCCACUGGCAGAGGGCACUUCAGCAUCUCUCUGGCCACAGGACAGCAGCUCCUGCGUGAAAAGUACCAGCGGUGUGUGCGCGCCCGCCUCCAGGGCCUGCGCAGGGCCGUGUUCCGGGGCUGGUAGGAGGCAGCAGCUCGUCAGAGACCCACAGCGGCCAGUCCAGAGCAGCUCCUACUGCAGAGCCACUUCCGGGCCUGGUGUGGAGUAGUGAGAGACACAGUGACGCCCCGGGUCAAGGGUCCAGCCUUCCAGGAUGGCCGGAGGAGAUGGGCACCAGGGGCCACACUUGCCAGUGAAGCCCCAGAAGCUGCAGCCCGGCCUCAGGAGCAGCACGUGGCCCAGGCCCCCUUCUCCUGCUGGAGAAGCCAAGCACAGGGACACCAGGUGGACAGCAAGGUGAGGAGGGCCCGGGCCCAGCAGACCUUCGUUGCAAGGCAAGUGGCCCCAGGCGAGUGCUGUGAGGCCCGCCAGCAGGCAGGAGAGAGAACCCAGGCCCAGGCCCUGUGCUGGAUGCUGUGGGCACGUGAGUCCUGCCUGCAGCGGGUCAGCCGAGACCAUGCUGCCCCGAAGCUGAGCGCCAGGUGGGUGCCCAUGGCCCGCAGCUGCAGGCCACAGGCCACAGGGCCUGGCCUGCCCAGCCCAACCAAGCACCACGGCCCCAGUGGACAGAGGAAGCAGAGAGAAAUGUCCCGGACUCAGACUCCAGCUGCAGGGGCCCAGGGCCAGCGCCCUACGGGGCCAGAAGGGGACCGCAGCUCUGAGACCAAAGACCUUGAGGGCAAAGGCGAGGCUGAGCAAAGGUGUCUGGGGUGGGAGCAGAGUGUGUGCGUGGAGAGGCCCUCUCUGGCCGGUGCUCGUCCUGCAGGAUUCUGCGGAGCAGGCGCAGGCCCGUGGCUCUGCCCUCUUUCCUGGCCAUUAAGGGGUCGUGAUGCCCUUUGCUGUCAAGACACACACCAGGGCCUCUCCCCUCAGGAGGAAGUACCUGCAGCGCUGGCGCCUUUAGGCACUGCUCCACGGGCUCUGGGGUUCCUGCAGGCCAGGCCCGGGCAGCUGCGUGGCAGCGCUGGGUAGACGCUCAGGGGACGGAGCAGCUGGUGUCGACACUGACGAGUGGGGCGGCCCCUCCCCACCCUCACGCUGAUCUCCCAUCACGUCCCGUUCCCAGCCCUAACCCCUGGAAACGCAGUCUCUGAAAGUAAGUUCAGGCCUUUGGACUUACCAAGCCUGAAACCUCGGGAACAGGUGCAGGAAUCUGCAUUGCUAGCACACCUCAGGUGACACCUCCUCGUCACACCCCCUUCCUCCUGGUGCCGCAGAGGCGCAGGCAAGGAGAGGCAGCCGGGACAGCGGGGGGCCCAGCUCGGGGCCUCCUCGCGACUGUCCCCAUAGCUCAGGCAGUGGCACCUGAGGCGGGCCUGGCGACUGUGGGCCCUGCGGCUGCAGGUGUCUCAGCAGUUACAGCAACAAGAAGCCGGCUGGGUCCGUUCCCAGGUCCGGGGGC